AUGCAUUGUGUUGCUUCAUGGAACAAUGAAAAAAGUGAAACUAUAGGAGAUGCAAUACAUGUAUUUAAAGAUUCUGAAGGAUACUGGGAUUUUGAAUCAGUCACUGAUGGAAAUGAAUAUUGGAAUAUGAAAAGUAAUAGUGAAAUGAUUGAUUUCCAAGAAUUUAAUAAUGCACAAGAUUAUGUUACAUUUAGAGAAUAUAGAGAUGGUGGUUAUGGAGAAAUUAAUAUUGACUACUCUUAUUGUGCUCCAGUAAUUUCUGGAAAUGAAUUUGAUAAUAGUCAAUCUAUAAGUCAAAAUUUUUUACCAACUUAUCUAGGUGGAUCAUACAUGCCAAUGUAUAUGCCGUAUGGAGGAAUGUUUAUGCCGUUUGUUAGUAGUCCAUUAAUUCCUAUACCAAUAUUUAUUGGUGGUACAUUAAUUGGAUGGCGUAGAAAUAAUUUAUUUUUUGGUAGAAGAUUUAUGCCUGGAUUAGGUGGUAUGAAUUUUAUCAGAAGUGGAUUAUGGAAUUCAAUAAAUUAUGGUUUAAGAACUCGAAGAUAUGGAAGCCCAUCGGGUUUGAUGUAUGUAGAGGAUAAUUUUGGAAGACGUAAUAACAGGUUACCACCAAUUGGUUAUUCACUUGAUUCAAGAAAUAAUAAAAGAGGGGGUGGAUUUAGUAUUAGAGGACAUAGAAGAAAUAGUUUAGGAAAAAAAAAUGGAAUUAAUUCAAGAAAUUUAAGGAAAUCAAGAACAAGAGAACAUAACAGAAAUAGAUCAAAAAAUAAUAAUAAUUUUUCUCGUCAAAAUAAUAGAAAUUUUAAUUCAAAUAGACCAAAUAAACCUUUUAAUUCAAAAUCUAGAAUGUCAAAUCGUAGGAAUAAUAAUUUUAAUAGAAAUAAUUUAAGACAACAAAAACAUUUUGAAAAUCGACCAAACAUAUCUAGAAAAUCUCAAUUUGGAAGAAAUAGAAAACCAGGAAAUGGUAAAGUAAGACAAAAUAUAUUUUCACAGAGGUUACAAAAUCGAGGAUUUCAAAAUUCAAAAAAUAAAAUACGAAAUAACAAUUUUCAAAGAAAAAAUCAGGUAAAUUUUAAAUUUUUUAAUAGAAGUAAUUUAAGGCAACUCAGAAAUAAGAAUACAUUUAUGAAUAGACAAUUUUUACGGAACUUUCCAUCACAAUCAAGAACCAAUAAACCUAGAAAUUCUCAUAGAAAUAAUUUUCCAAAACCUAGAACGUCUCUAUCACGACAAGGUAAUAAAGGAAGAAGAGGAUAA